CGUUCUGUCAAGGUAAAAGUAAUUUAAACACGUCAAUUGAUAACUGCAAAUGUUCAUUGAAUGAAAGCGAUUGAACGUGUUCAGCACAGAAGUCUAAUUCGGCCACGCGGCAAUUCAUCGUGAUAGUCUAUAAUACGUCAAUAAAAUGGCUAAAGAUACACCGUCAUGGCUGAACCUAGAAUUGAUGGAAAAUAUCAUGCGAAAGAAUGAUAAUUCGAUUCGCGUGCUUAAUAUGUUUACGAAACCGGCCACGGCUAAAGGUGACAAUUAUACCAGCGAUAUGUACAGAGUUUCGAUUGAAAUUUCAUGCAAACGUGGCGACGAAGAAGUUACAAAAAAGAAAUCUCUCAUUGUUAAAGUCGCACCUACAGGGGAAAAUAUAAAGAAAGAAUUGAUCGAAAAAUCGAGAAUCUUCCAUACGGAAAUUUCGAUGAUGACGGACACAUUGAAAAAAAUGAAUAACUUACUUGGACCAACCCAUCUUAUCAGUGGACAAGUUUUUUACAUUCAGAAAGAACAUCCAGAAUUUUUAGUGAUGGAAGAUCUCGCUCCUCUUGGAUUUCGCAUGGCUGAUCGUCAAGCUGGUCUUGACCUACCUCACUGUUUGUUGGCAAUCCGAGGAUUGGCUAGAUUUCACGCGAGUAGCAUUGCCGUAUGUGAGAAGGAACCGAAUCAUAAAAAGUUGUAUACUAGAGGAAUAUUUUCCAGUGAACAUCCUCUUGAAAUAAUGAACUUCUUUAUUCUUGCAACAAAAUCGUUAGGUAUGGAAAUGCGAAAAUGGCCGGAUUUGGAAAAAUACGCAGAGAAAGUCGAUAAAUUUGCGGAAAAGAUUUACGAUAAAACUGCCGAGGCAUUGAAGUGCCGGGAGGACGAAUUCAACGUUAUAAAUCACGGUGACUUCUGGGUGAACAAUAUGAUGUUUCGUUACAAUGAUGAAGGGAAACCGAUCGAUCAUAUCUUUGUGGAUUUUCAAAUGUGCGUUUAUGGAUCACCGGCGAACGAUUUGCAAUACUUCCUUAACACUAGUGCGGACAAUGAUGUAUACGAAAACAACCAGGAUAUGCUCCUGGAGGAAUAUCUUUUAACAUUGUCUAACAUGAUGAAACAGUUCGACUGCAAAACCAUCCCACCGACCAUGGAGAAACUUCGAAAGUAUCUAAAGGAACGUGAGAUUCUUGCUAUGACAAGUUCUUUUACAAUUCUUCCAUUGGUCCUCUUAGACAAGAAUGAGGCGAAGGAUCUCGAUGAGAUCAUGGGCAAGGACGGCAACGAGUACAAUAGUUCCGCUUUCGAAAACGAGCUUUAUCGCAAAGUGAUAAGUAAAAGGAUUUCUAUUUAUGAUCAAUUGGGAUUGAUGGAUCUUUAACAAAUUUCUAUCAAUCUAUUUUAGAUAUUCUUAAUAGCGAUUCGUGUAUCAAUGUAUCGAUCAGAUCAUUAAUUAGAACAUCGAAUAAUAAGAGAUCGGUAGAUAACUCGAGUUACAAAUGAAUGUUAAGUGAACUUAAGAGAGUUCAAGGAAGUUGAGACAUUAACAAAAUCAAUGAACGAUACAAGAUCGAAGAAUCUCAUGAUAGUAAAUUUAAUAGGAAUUGUUAAUUUAGGAAUGGCAUUUUUUUUAGUUUUCUUAAUAUGUAGGAUAAUGAGUCACAUGAUAGAAAAAUAUUUCAUAUAUUGUAACUGAACAAUGAAAAUAUUCCUAUAAGGAAGUAAACAAAAAACAAAAGAAAUAACGAUACCAUUGUUUAGAUGCUUUUGCAUGUAUAAUAUUGCAAAAAAUAAUACCAAACAACAUAGCGAUUUUUAAAAAGGCUAAGUGGAACGGAAAAUUGUACAAAGCAAGUAUGAUAUUGGUGAAUAAAGAAGAAACGAAUAAAAGUAAGAAAAAAAAAACCCCAUAUAUAUAUAUAUAUAUAUAUAUAUAUAUACACAUAUAUAAAUAUAUUCCUAGAAGAAAUAUUUUCCGUACCAAGCGUGUAUCAUACUUUACUGUUACUGUUUUGAUAUUGCGAUUCUGCGAUGCGUUCCGUAGUAGCACAAGCGCUCGAUUAAUAGCGGAAGUUAAUUGUUAUUAUUGUGGGAAAUUGGAAGGUUCUCACUAGAUAUGCUAGCGCUCGAGUUUUAAUUGCAUUUAGCGCUGCGCUCAUAGACUACCGAGCGCAAGUAUAUUCAUUAGAUGGCCGAACGCGUGGGUGUACGUGAUUGGAAACAAACGAACAAAUUAAUGAUGGCCGAUUGAUACUUUCGAUAGAGUGCGUAGUAGAAGCGAGAGGAAGAGAGAGAGAAAGCGAACGAGAGAGAAAGAGAGAGAGAGAGAGAGAGAGAAACAGAGAAACAGAAAGGGAGGAUGGGUGGUAGGGAAAACGGGCUUGUUAACUCAAGCUCGUCACGCUUGCUUGUUUUCACGCUCGUCUGGCGCAAAUCUGAUUUUCGAUUCUUUUUUCGUUUUUAUAUCGCACCGAGAAAGGGGAGCUUUCGUUGAGCGCAUUGCUCAGAGGAAUGAGCAUCGAAACGAAGGCUCGGAAGGAUGACGGGAAAGAGGGUGGAGAAAAAAAAAAGAGGAAGAGGAGGAAGAGAGAGAACGUAGGAAUGGAGCGACGUUGAAGUAUCGUGUUUCAACAGCGCCAACGGGCAAAUGCCUGAAAUGAGCCUGGAGUUGGAAAGACAGAAAAAAUAGGAAGGGAACGCGAUUAGGUAGGAAAUGUAACGUGGUAGAUAUGAAUUAAAAAUACUCCUAUAUUUAAUGUGCCUCACGCGAUGUGUUUCUCUCCCGGUUAUGAUGUGAACUUCAUAGAAAGAUAAAUACCUUCUACUUCACUUACGUAAUACGUACAUACAUACAUACAUAUAUAUAUAUAUAUUUAUUUAUAUAUAUAUAUGUAUAUACAUAUCUGGUGCAUUCGUUAUUCAAGCCAUGGCAUAUACAUGGCUACGUAUAUAAGUAUAUAUAUAUAUAUAUUUAUGUAUACGUAUAAAUAUAUCUGGCUUUGCGUAUAUUUUAUAUUCGGCUAAGUUUUAAACUUUUCUUUAAGAGAGAACUUAUAAUAUAAUAGAGAGCCUAUUUAUAUUUCGCUGUGUAAAUAAUUUCAUCGUAGCAUGAAAUGAUUUAUUUAAAAAAAUGUUGAAAGUAAUUUCGUUAACACCUCACUCGGAACUUCUAUUAUUGCUGGGGGUAUAUGCGAGAAAAAUGAAAAAAAGCGAACAGGAUAUUCAGGACAAUAGAAAAGGAUGGAAAGAAAAAAGAUAUAGACACCGUGCAAAGGAGAUCUAAUGGAGGGAAUGUUAAGUGGUUGGAAGGGAUGAAAGAACCCGUACAAGAGAAUUUAUCUUUUACGAAAGUCGAAUGCUUGCACGAUAGAAAUUAGUAUCCGGGGUAAACGGAAGGCACGAGAUAGAUCGCGUUACAAAGGAUAGAAGAUAGCUGUGCAAAUUAUCUGUAGACGAUAGUCAAAAGAUGUUAGGAUAAUGACGAUGAUUAUCACUUUCUUAAUUUGUUUCGAGAGGGGACGAAAACGAAUACGCCGAAAGAGAAACUUUGAGAGAAGAUAAGAUCAAGUGACACGUCGAAGAUAUUUUUUGAACGUUAUUAAAUCGUCGCUAUUUUUUUUCUUUUUUUUUUUUUUUUUUUUUGAUUAAGACAGAGAUAAAGGGAAAAAUAAAUAAUUCCUUGUAUGAUAGAUGCGCAUGAUCUUUUCUAUUUUUCUCACGUGAUAAUAUAAAAUGUUUAUCAUUUUCGUAACGCGUUAUGCAUUUGAUUGCAAUUUUACAAUAAAGAAUCGUAUAAAAUGCUGAAACUCAGUUCGCCCAUUCUUACUCUUAUUAUUUUUAAUCGAAAAGAGAGAGGAAGAAAGAAAGAAAGAAAGAAAGAGAGAGAGAGAGAGAGAGAGAGAGAGAGAGAGAGAAAGAGGGAGGAAGAGAGAGAUAGUGAAAAUUAGAAAUUUUUUUCUCACGAUCGCAGAUCGUUUAAGCAACUUUCAAUUAAAAUUUCAAUUAUCCUCUAGAUUCAUCAAUCACCGUCCUUCCAAACGUCUAACCGUCCUUUCGACGUUAAAUGCGUCUUUAAUCGAGGAUUAGUUAACUAAGCUUUCAAAGCGUUCGCCAUGAGCGUUCUUUUCAAUUUUAUUGAUGGUUAAUCGAUCAUUUCCAUGCGACACUAAACUCAACAUAAAGUUAUUGAAUGUGUUACUUUAAAAUAAUUACACAACAGUAAUUCGUUUAAUUUUUUUUUUUUUUUUUUUUUU